UCGCGUACGUUAGGAAAGACAUGAAGUGUCCUUAGUGUGUGUGUGUGUGUGUGUGUGUGUGCGCGCGCUUUUGUAAAUUUUUUUUUUUUUAGCUUUAUCGGCGAGCAGGAAAAGGGGGAUCAGAAGUGGAGACGCUCCUCCGACUUUACUCCCCCUCCUCCUCCUCCUCCUCGGAUACUCUGGAGCGUGUUGCCAGUUUCUCCUUGAAAAAGCGGAUUCAGCAGCGAGAGGAACUUUGUGCAGGAUGCAGGGGGCUUCAGCGACUGACCUCCCCGCCUCCUCUCUGCAGUACCAGUGCGGAUCGGUGGACUACCUGCGUUCUCCACGGCUGGCGAAGAAAGGUCCGACUCCCAGACAAUGUCACGACAGGCCCGCCAUCAAACCCCGACCCCAGCCCUCCACCUCACCCCGACCGCCGGCCGCACAGAAACCACAAGUGCCCCCUAAACCUUCGCACCUGCUCGCCCUCGGGCAAGACAAGAAACCCAAGAGGAUCCCUCCGCCGCCCUCGCGGCCCCUGCCCGCUCCGCCUCCUCCGCCUAAACCCAAGCCCGGCGUGGCCCCUCCCCCCGGCCUGCAGGUGGAGGCCCAGAAGGUGGGGCUGCUCAUCGAGAGGUUCGAGAACUCGAGGGUCCCCAUCCUGGGGGCGCUCCCGCGGUCCCAGCUGCACUUGUGUCUGAGGAUGGACGCCGCGUCCGACAUCACUUCCUCCUGCGGCCAGGAACCCGCGGCGAAGGUCUCGGGAGACCCCUCCCCCGCCGCCGCGGACAAGCUCGGCGCCCCCGAGCGGACUCACGACGGGGCGUCCGACCUCUCCCGCCCGGCCUCCGGCGCGCACGCCGACGGCUCGACGGACGACGCCCCGCUGGACGACUGCGUCGGUUGCCUCGGCGACGCGGAGGGCUCCUCCCACGAGCUGCCGGACAACCCGGACCCCUCGGAGCCGAGCGGCAAGAUCCCCAACCGGGACAGCGGCAUCGACAGCCCGUCGUGCGCCGCCGAGGGCGAGGCGUUCCCCAACGAGGACGCCAUCGACGAGGAGGACCGCUACGACAGCGUCACGGAGACGGAGAGCGCGUCCUGCUGCGUCGCCCUGGGCAACAAGCGGGACUCGACGCAGGACGAGGACAGCGACCUGGACGAGGGCAGCGGCGGGGAGAUCCACUCGCUGGCCGACACGCGGACCGGCUAUCUGACGGACGCACACUCGGAGGCGCACAAAUGCUCAGAGACUCACAAUCUCCUGAACAUCGCCAAAGAGCUCCUCCACACUGAAGAGGCCUACGUCAAGCGACUCAACCUCCUCGACCAGGUAUUUUGCACUAAACUCACAGAGACUGGAAUCCCUCAGGACGUGAUCACGGGAAUCUUCUCCAACAUCUCCUCCAUCUACUGCUUCCACGACAAGUUCCUGCUGCCGGAGCUCAAGACGCGCAUCACCGGAGAAUGGGACUCCAACCCUCGCAUCGGAGACAUCCUCCAGAAGCUCGCCCCGUUCAUGAAGAUGUACGGAGAAUAUGUGAAGAACUUUGACCGGGCCAUGGACCUGGUCAACACCUGGACGCAGCGGUCCUCGCAGUUCAAGAGCGUCGUCCAGAACAUACAGAAGCAGGACGUGUGUGGCAACCUGACGCUGCAGCACCACAUGCUGGAGCCGGUCCAGAGGAUCCCUCGCUACGAGCUGCUGCUCAGGGACUACCUGAAGAAGCUGCCCGAGGACGCUCUGGACCGGAAAGAAGCAGAGAAGGCUCUGGAGCUCAUCUCUACUGCAGCGCACCACUCCAACGCAGCCAUCAGGAAAAUGGAGAAGAUGCACAAGCUGCUGGAGCUGUACGAGAGGCUCGGAGGAGAGGAGGACAUCGUCAACCCGGCCAACGAGCUCAUCAAAGAGGGUCAUAUCAAGAAGAUGUCCGCCAAAAACGGAACGGCGCAAGACCGGUACCUCUACGUGUUCAACAACAUGGUGCUCUACUGCGUGCCCAAACUCCGGCUGAUGGGACAGAAGUUCAGCGUCAGAGAGAGGAUCGACAUCGCCGGAAUGGAGGUGCAGGAGAAUGUGAAGCAGAACCUUCCUCACACCUUCGCCAUCAUCGGCAAGCAGCGGUCGCUGGAGCUGCAAGCGAGGACAGCUGAGGAGAAAGAAGAUUGGAUUCAGGUGAUCCUGGCCACCAUCGAACGGCACAAGCAAAACAGCGAGACGUUCAACAAAGCCUUCAACAGCUCCUUCUCCCGGGAAGAUGACCACCCCCCCGAGUCACCGGGUCCCUGGUGCAACACGUCCAUCGACUCAGACGGCGAAAGACUGCAUGAAAGGAAGAGUUCCAGGAAAAAGGAGAAAGAGAAGCAAACGUGUAAAGGCUGCAACGAGAGCUUCAACUUCACGAAGCGCAAACACCACUGCAAGUCCUGUGGAGCGGCCAUCUGUGCAAAGUGUUCAAAGACCUUGGACAACAAAACGAGCCGCGUGUGCCCGGAGUGUUUCGAAGCCAGCGUCAGCCUGGAGACUCUCGGCGUCAGCGAACAGAAAAGGAAAGCUGCGCCUGAGAGACAGACGUCUCUGACGGGGGAGAGCUGCCUGCUCUGUGGCCAGCUUCAGGUGCAGGACAAAGGGAAGAGCUGGGCCAAGAUGUGGGCGGCGGUCACCAAGGCUGAGCCGCUGGUGCUGUACCUGCAGAGCAGUGGACAGGACUCCAAGGGCGCGAGGGCGGUGCCUCUCUCCGGGUUCGAGGUGGGCGCCGUGCCGGCGUCGUCGGGAGGCGAGAGGCCCGAGGUCAAGCACGCCAUCCGCCUCGGCCACGCCCAGCAGACGUUGCUCCUGGGCGCCCCGGACGCCGAGCUGCAGGCCAAGUGGCUGGACGUCCUCUCCAGAGCGGCCCGCGGGGAAACGCCGGCGGACGCGGCGUCGACGGGUCCGACUGAACACCGGAGGAGCCAGUAGUGGAGCCAUGUUGGAGCCACGGGACUCGCCCCCCCCCCCCCUCCCUCCUCCUCCCGUGUUUAUAGAGCACACAAUUACUUGAAUUCACUUUACCUUGGCACUUUUUGUUAUUUUAUUUCUCUCCUCUUUCGACCACUCCAUCCUUCCUGAUGCCACUUCAAUCGUCUCCUCGUUGAGCACACAGCUCCUCCUCUCCGCUCUCUAUCCCCGCCCCCCCCCUCUCUCUCUCUCUCGAACACACACACGGAGAAAACGAAGGACGAUGCUAUCAAAGCCACCAACGCCGCUGUAUGUGUGCGUGGCGUCGGGAUAUUUUAGUGUUCUUAAACGCCGGAGAGGACUAAACGUUUUUAUUUGUAAUAUAACUGAAGAAAGUUCCCGUUUUACAUUGUUUUUCUUUUCUUUUUUCUUCAAAAAAGAUGAAGUUCCUUGUACAUUACACGACCGUGUUGUGAAGCAUUAAAUCUUAUUUGUCUGUCGGUCCAUUCGCGUGAAAGUGUGUGUGUGUGUGUGUGUGUGUGUGUGUGUGCGCGCGAUGCCCCUCCCUCUCUGUGUAUUAAGUAUUGAAUGUUAGUGUAAGAAAGCUGCGCCCCACCGUGGCAGUGCAGCGGGUAUUGUACAGUAUGUAUACUAUAGUGCAAUGUAAGGAGAAUAAAAAGACAUUUUAAAUUAAAAAGACGGACGCGUACCCUUGUGGCUGGCCACUCGAUGCUCACAUCUUCCGACUCUCUUCACACUCCUCUCCUCUACGAAGGUAAUAACUCCCUCGGGAUGAGAGUACGCAGCCAGAAUGGGAGCGCGUGGCCUCGACCCCGUGCUGCAAUAUCUCCACUUGUACACAUGCUUCAAUAAAUCAUCUCCAUUAUACUUCUCUCUCUCUCUCUCUUAGGAUCGCGACCCGCUUCUCUCUUAUGUUGGUGAUGUGAUGGAAACAAAGUACUGUACUGUAAAGCUGUUCAUUCUACCUUUCCCUCUGCUAUCUUGCCCCGCCCCUCUUUUGAUGCCCCCCCCCCUCAUGUCGUACUGUAAGUGAGCAGCAGUGGGUGUGUUUUUAUUGUUUCUUUAAACAUGGAUUGUGCACAGUGGAAAAAGCAGUGGAGCAUAUCAUCAAUAAACAGACGCUGUGAUUCGUUCAGUACGCGCUGUCCAACAAGA